CCGCAAAAUUAACAAAAACCCAGCCAAGGUGUAAAUUCAUCUUAUCCAUUUAUUUCUGGUUGUAUUAAUAAAAAUAAAACAACAAAAUCACUCAUUUCCGUUUUUAUCUAUUUAAAUUUAAGUCCAGAUUAUCUUCUAUGAGCAAUUCAAUUCCGGCAAAACAUCAACAACAUUUUUCUUCAUUUUCCUUCAGCUUGCUUCGGUUCGCGUUUUUUCUUCACAUUGACAAUUUGACAUUUAUUCGGUUUCGGAGCCACUCAAAGCAUGAUGUUCUGUUCUGAAUACUGAAAUCGGGUGCUACUAACAGAACCGUCUGCUUCUAGAGAGUAAAGAGGAGUGGAGAGUGAAUGUGAAGUGUCGUUUUAGUUUUAGUUUUUGUUGCGCGAUACAAAAAUUAAUUGAACUAAAUUAGUCAGAGUCAGAAGAAAAAAAUUGUAUACUCCUAAAUAAACGGUAAUUAAAUUCAACUGCGGAUAGAAGCAAACAUAAAAGGAUAAAACCAGGAGCAGGACAAUCAUAAUAAUGGGACAACAAGUAUCUCGAACAGAUUUUGAAUGGGUCUACACCGAAGAACCACACGCCAGUAGACGCAAAUUGAUUCUCGAGAAAUAUCCACAAAUCAAAAAACUCUUCGGCUAUGAUCCCAAGUUCAAGUACGUCGCCGGUUCCAUGGUCAUGACUCAAAUUCUAAUGCUGUUCCUAAUCAAAGACUGUUCGUGGCCAGCUAUAUUCUUACUUGCCUAUUGCUUUGGUGGAAUAUUAAAUCAUUCAUUAAUGCUGGCCGUGCAUGAGAUAUCGCAUAAUUUGGCAUUUGGUCAUAGCCGUCCGUUGGCCAAUCGAAUAAUGGGAUUUAUUUGUAAUCUACCCAUUGGAUUGCCAAUGUCCAUAUCUUUCAGGAAAUAUCACUUGGAACAUCAUAGAUACCAAGGCGAUGAAGCGAUAGACACCGACAUACCCACUCUACUCGAGGCUAAACUAUUUUGUACAACAUUUGGCAAAUUCAUUUGGGUUUGCCUACAGCCAUUUUUCUACAUUUUUAGACCUUUAAUCAUCAAUCCAAAACCUCCAACUAAUAUGGAAUUAAUCAAUACAAUUAUCCAAUUGAUAUUCAAUGGUUUAGUUGUAUAUUAUUGUGGAUGGAAAUCACUGGCCUAUCUUGUAAUCGGUUCGAUUUUGGCAAUGGGAUUACAUCCAGUUGCAGGACAUUUUAUAUCGGAGCACUAUAUGUUUGCCAAGGGCUUCGAAACAUAUUCCUAUUAUGGUCCUCUCAAUUGGAUUACAUUUAAUGUUGGCUAUCAUAAUGAACAUCAUGAUUUCCCAGCUGUGCCGGGUAGUCGCUUGCCAGAAGUGAAAAAAAUCGCCCCAGAAUUUUAUGAUUCUAUGCCACAACACACUUCAUGGGUACGUGUGUUGUAUGAUUUUAUUAUGGAUCCAGCUGUGGGUCCAUAUGCCCGCGUAAAAAGACACCAACGUGGCCUUAAAACAUAAGCACAAACAAAAUAACAACAUUAACAUCAAAUGGACUGCAAACACAUCAACAACACCAAGCUGCAACAUUUCUACAUACCUAACCAACAAAUCUCAGCUAAUAAAGUGUGUGUGUGUAUGUUUACGAGUAUUUAUUUGAAUUAAAACUUGUUAUUUAGAGUAAUUUUGAAAGUAUUUUAGUUGUUAUUAAUUUAAAAUCUGCACGAUUUAAAGUAAUUGAAAAAGAAUAUAUUAUGUAGAUCGAAUUUCAAUUGAAGGGACGUUUUGAUUUUCUAUACACCAAGCUUGAGGAAUGUUUGCGUUUUUGUUUCUUUGGAAAUCCAACAGCAAAACAAUGCAGAGAAAAAAACUCUCUACCACUACUAUAUAGUAUUACUAGGUUUUGUAUAAUGCCAAAAAUAAAAGAGUUCUAAAACAUGAUUUAUAUAUGUAUUAAGAAAUAUGAUCAUAUACAUGUAUAUAGUCUGUUUCAUAUAUUAUAUAAAUAUAUAUUGUAAUGUAAUGUAAAGUUUAUUAAAUUAAGAUAAAAACAAACUAUAUUAUUAUAAAAAAACUACAAAUUUAAAAUUGUUCGCUUUGUCCCUCAAUCAAGCUUAAAAGCACUAAGAUUUUAUUCUUAAUUUUUGUCGUGUUUAUAAAACAAUCAAAAAAAUGGAUGUAAAAGACUUGUAUAUAUAUAAAAAAAAAGAUAUAUAAUAAUUACCUAUUUUAAAAAAAUAAAAUCAAUCUAUAUACAAUGUAAA